UUUUACAGUACAUUAUUUCUUUCAGCAUGGUAUUGAGGCAUGAACAGUAAUUAACAAUGUCCACCACGGAGAGUCUUGAGAGGGAUCGUCAGUCAAGCAACACAUUAAUGGGAGGAAUCACCUGUCAAGACACUGACUGUACCAACUGCAAUAUUCUAACUAAGAAGCUUGGUGUGAGUCGGGAGUGGAACAAGUUUUAUCAGCAAAAACUUGAAAAUACAGACAAAUUCCUGCACAUAGUAGCUGACUAUGAAAGAGAGAAACAACGUAAUGUGGAACUGCAGCUUACAUAUGAUCAGCGUAGUCGUGAAUGUUCCUAUAUACGAGAACAGAUGGCUAACUUGCUACUUGAAGUGGAGCCGCUCAGAGCUAAAUUGCGCCAAAUGGAGAAAACUGUGGAGGAGGAGAUGAAGAGAAGAGAGAAAGCGGAGAAUCAGGAAAACAAUCAUCUCUUCACCAUAGAACAGCAGAAGCACCAGAUUUUGUCUCUAAAGGAAAAGGUCGAUACCAACCUCGUGGAGAUUCUGGAGAAGAAGUUGAAUUCAGCACGUAGUGAAAUAAAGAGGCUGAAGAAUGUUAUUGAUGAGAAGACAGGUGAAAUUAGCGAACUCAAGGACUUCAUUGAUGAUCGUCGGCUACACUUUGAACGCAACAGCAAGAAGGCUCUCUGGAGUCUGAAGGUGGCCAGAGAUUAUGGGCUGCUACUGUAUGACAGAGGGUGUUUACCAGGUGGCAUUGAAUCUACUGUGUGGCAACGACUGCAUUCUCUGCUGAAAGUAAGUGAGAAUGUUCUCUGCUCUCAGUACAAGGCAUUCCGUGAAAAGGAGGAAAGAAAGUACAAGAAAAAUCUAGUUGAAAUUGCUUCCUUGCCAUCUUUAGAAAAUUGGCUGGAUGACUUUGAUGUUGGACUUAGUGAUUUGUGUGAGGAUUAUCACUAUGAUGAGGACAUAAAAAAUAUUUCCUCUAAAGUUCUGGCCAAGGAAGCCAAGCAGCUUGAUAAAUUGAUACAAGAUUCUGAGGAGGAGUCAAAAGUCAUGGUAACUGUUGCUGGUAAAGAAAAAGAAGAAUUAAAAAAGAAACAGGUUAAAUCUGAAGGUGUUGUUACAAGAAGAAAGUCCACUAUACAAGAGCCAGAAAAGGAAGAUGAAGUUAAAGUUUCAAAAUCAAAAUUAGCAGAAAAGAAAACUAAUGACCAGAAAUCAAAAAAUGUUGGAAUACAAAGAAGACACAGGAAAGAAGACAAGCCUCAAAGAAUUCCAUCAAUUAUGGAUUCUGAGGAUGAUGAUGACAUUAAUAUUAAUGGAGAAGCUUUAAUACAAAGCAAUGGGCAUGUACCGAGCACAGGAGUUGAUAAAUUAAAAGCAUCUGCAACUCCUUCAAAGCUUAAGGUCACCACAGGUUUCAGUAAUGUUACCCAUAACUCAAAUGACUGUGACACCUCGUUCGAAUUGACUGAAAUAAAAUCCAACAGUGUUGUUGGUGGAGCUCGUAUGAUGAAGCAGAGGAAAAGCAGAAAACAAAAGCUUCAUAGAAUACCUUCAAUUAUGGAUUCUGAAGAGGAGGGAGACAUGGCUAGUGAUCCUUUAAUACAGAAGAACAUGCAUGUAAUAAACAAAAGAGACACUAACUUGAAGACUUUGACAGAUGCUCUAAAUCUUAAUGGCACUACUUGCUUCAAUAAAGCCACUCGCAGCUCACCCAGCCAUGAUGCCUCAUUUGAAAUGACAGUAAAAUCUGAUACUAAUAAUAGCAAUGUGAGAAAGAGAAAAAACAGAGAACAAAAGCUCCAUAGAAUUCCAUCACUUAGGCAUUCUAAGCGUGGAAACACUAUCCAUGAUCCUUUACUACAAGAGGAGGAUCAGGAGGAUGCGCAGGACACAGUAGCUGCUAAACUGAAGGUAUUUGCAGCUCCUGCAGAUUUUAAUAGCAUUACUUGCACAAAUAAAGUCACUUGUGACUCAACCAGCUGUGACACAUUGUUUGACAACAUAGUAAUUAAAUCUGAUACCUCUGAUGGCAAACCUGGUGUGAGACAACGAAGAAAAAGCGGAGAAGAACUGAAGGCUAAAAGAAUACCAUCAAUAAUGGAUUCUGAGGAUGAUGACGACUUUAAUAAAGAUAACAGUAAUUUGGUAGAAAAGACUGAGCAUGUUGAGAAUGCCAGAGCUGCUGAACCGAAGGUAUCUGAAACUAAGAUAAAAUCUGAUAUGAAUAAUAGUGAUAGCAGGCAUGGUGGCCACACCUAUGUUGAUCUAGAAAGUGGAGAGGACAUCAUUAGACAGAUUCUCAAUGACAUGAAACCUCCUGAAAAAUUGGAUUGUUUGGAAAGUUCGUUCUCAUUCCCGGAGGAGAAAGGUGUGCUAUCUGCAGGAGAGAAUGAUGAGAUAGAAAAAAAUUUGAAAAGAUGUUCUGACAAGCUCUUCCAUGGGCCUAAUGAUGAGGACUUCUUUGGCUCCUUUAGUGAUUCUUCUGAUGAUUCUUGUAAUGAGGCACCCAAGAAAUUUGUGUCACAGUUAUCGGAAGGAUUUUCAGUCACUGAUGUCACUCAGGAACGAGCAGACAGUAUACUGGAUGACUUCAGGCUUUCAGAUUCUGAUGAUCCUGAUGAGGAGGAAACUAGUAAAAUUGCCAGAAAUACACAUAUACUUCAACGCUUUCAGUUUUCACAAAGCUUUUCUAUUGAUGAUAGUCAAGAUAGUCAUGCAACCAUAAGCAAUACAGAUAAUGAUAGUCCCAGUAAGGAAAAGAGAUUAGAAGUUGCAGAACCUGCUAUCGAGAGUAAAAAUCCUGGUGUAUCUGAUGAUUUGAUGGUGGUCCCUGCUGAGGUUAAUUUAUCAACCCCUGUCUGGGAUGCUUCUCCAGAGAAACAGAACGAUGGAAUAAGUGUUACUUUUAUGGAUAGGCUCUCAAGUAAUGACCAAACUACAUCACAUACUAGUAAUGAUCAUGCUAUAUCAUGUAAUAAUAAUAAUCAGUAUAUAUUAAGCGGUAGUAAUGAUCUGAGGGGAUUACACACUAGUGAUGAUCAAAAUAUGUUAGACUCGAGUAAUGAUUUAGAUGCAUUACACACUGGUAAUGACCAAAAUACGUUAGACUUGAGUAACGAGCAAAUUACAUUAUGUACUAACCAUCACCAAGAAUCCAGCAGUGUUGGGAAUAUCACUACUGAGGUUCCUGUUGAUGAAACAUUAACAGUGACUAACAAGGCAAAGCUUACAGUUGAGAAGGCAGAGCCGCAACACUUGAACUCUCAUAAUUCCACUGGUAAAACUUUGACAGAGGUGGGAAAACCUUUCAGUAAUUCAAAAACCAAAGAUAAGAGGUUAGGCUCUGGAAAAACGGGUGGUGAAUUUCAUCGUAUUCAAGACAUUAAGUUGGCCUAUCAAAAGUUGCUCAAUCAGAAUAAACAGCUGGAAACCACAGUGAGCAAUACAAAAUCUGAGAAAACAGUUGGUGACCUAGAAAAUAGUCUAGAAUGUCCUGACCUAACAGAUAAUAUAAAUAGUGCAGUAGAUGCAUCAGGACUUAAAGUAGAUGUUUGCAGCACAGCGAUUUUGCAUGGAAAUGUAGGCACCAUAAAGAAUGGUAGAGAGUGUGAGGGUAACACCAUACCUCUGUCUAGUGAAGGAGACAGUGGGAGCCUUGUUGAAGAGGGAGACAAUACUGAGAAAAAACAAGGUCUUACUAACAAUAAAAAUACUACAAAAGAUAGUGGACCUUAUAGCAGUGGUCAAGCCACUGUAAUUGAGAAAGAUUUAUGUGAUAAUACUAGCAUGUCUGCUACAGAAGAUAAUGAGAGUUGCUCACUCACAGUGUCACACACUGUGAGUGAGCAACUUUUCUGUGAUAAUGUUGAUGUAUCUAAUAAAGAAAAUGUUGGAAUUUGUACUGGAAGUAGAGAGAAUCUCUCUGUAGAACAAGGAAGAGGUACAAUAUUUAAUAAUAAAACCAGAGGCAGUUGUAACCAAGCCAUGCAUACUGUUAAUACAACUCAGGAAACCAUUGGGGAAAAUAAAGCUACUGUAAAGGAUGCCAAUGUUAAUAUUUCAACAGCUUAUGCAGAGCAAGCUGUGCCCAGCUUCUCUAGUCCGGUUCACGAAAUGAACACUCAGAAAAUGGUUAUGAUGAAUCAACUUGUUGCCCUAAUAUCACCACUAUCAUCCUCAUCUUCCAAGCAACAUGAAUCUUGGCUCUCAUCAUCAUCUGUGAAGGGUAAUGAAUCCUCACAAGAAUGUUCAUUUUCUGAAGAUUUUGUAAAUUGUGAAAAUUUGAGUAUGACAAAUAUCAGAGAUAAGACUGGUGUAUGUUGUGAAAAUGAAGCACAAAAUCUAGAAGAGGUUAAAGAUGAGGUAAGAACAGAUAAGGAGGCCUUAGUUAAAGAUGUGUCUGUAUUUGCUUCCGCUCCCACUAUCAGUGUAUUCGGUACCCAAGAGGAAAGUACAAAUAAACCAAAUAUACGGAGAAGUAGCAGUAGACUUGCUGCAAAGAAAAAACAGAAGUCUGGCCAAAGUGAGAAAAACAGUACAUCAGGGAAAGAGACAAAUUCAGAAGAUAUACAUAAGCCCUGCAUCCCCAGUGUAAAUAUCAGUAUGCAUGACAAAGAAGAGAUGGAAGAAGGAGAUAAAAAGGGGAAUCUGAUUCAGAGAAAAAGGCGUAACAGGCAAACUAGGUGGACAAAACGGAAGAGUAGAAUUAAACUAACAAAGACCCAUAAUAACAAGGGAUCACAUAAAGGUAAUUUGCUACAUUCUGAAGCUAACACAGUAAGUGAAAAUGUUAGUACAGAGUGUAGUAAAAGUACAGAUACUAUUAUGACCUGUAAUUCUAAAUCAGGUUUGACCAGUAAUGAAAUUAUGGAGAGCAAGGAUGAUUCUGAUCGGAUUAUGGACAGUAAAGCAACCUCUAUAACAUACAAUUAUAGUUCAGAUGUUCCUGCAAGUGAACAAAUUAUGGAGUGUUCUGAUCAGAUUAUAGACAAUACAGCAACUGUGACAAACAAUCCCAGUUCAGGUGGACCUACUAGUGAACAGGAUACAGAGUCCUCUGAUCAAAUUAUAGACAAUACAGCAACUUUGACAUGCAUUCCCAGUUCAGAAAUAUCUACUAGUGAACAGAAUAUAGAGUCCUCUGAUCAGAUUAUAGACAAUACAGCAGCUGUGACAUACAAUCCCAAUUCAGAAGUAUCUACUAGUGAACAGAAUGCAGAGUCCUCUGAUCAGAUUAUGGAUUGCAUAGCAACUAAUACAUAUAAUUCUAGUGAACAUGUACAGGAUAAAAAUUCUCAUCAGAUUAUUCACAGUAAAACUAUUAUGACAACAUAUAGUUCAGAUCCCAAGGUUUCUGCUGAUGAACAGGAUAAGGUCUCUGCUGGUCACAUUGUGAACAGUACAUCAAAUAUGUGUAAUUCCAAUUUAAAUGUAUUUAGAAGUGAACAUGUUCAGGAUAACAAGUCUUCCGGUUGGGUUAUGGAGAGUACAAAGGAGAAUAUGUUACACCCCUUACCUGAUAAUGUGACACUUGAUUUGAACUGUGGGAUGACUCUUGAAUUUGACUCACUACGAGUCUCCAGUAACAACACUGCAGAUGGGAAGAGGAACAAGCAAGAGGCUAAUUGUGUAAUAUAUUCCAACAAAACAUGUGGUCUCAGAAGCAGGUCCUGCAGCCCCGAGAAAGUUAAUGUUUCUUCCCCAUCCAAGAAAAAAAUACAGCAUGAAUUUUUGGUCAGCGAUAAGAGCAAUGACAAAUUGGUUAUAAAUAAUGAUAGUAUUGAGAAGGAUGAUUUGUGUUCUGGUAACACUGUACAAAAAACAAAAACAGUUGUUGUAAAAGGAAAAAACCUUGAGACAGAAUAUGAACUAUCUGCUGUGAAUGUUGAAGACAAUAUUGAGGCUGACAGUGAAACAGAUGAUAACAUACAGACAAAAAGGCGCAGGAGAAGGAGCAGCACUAGAAUUGCAGAAUCAGAAAAGAAAAAGUUAGCUAAUCAAGAGAAGUUAAAACAAAUAUUCCAACCUUCUAAAAGGAAAAGUGUUGGGUUUUCUUGUGUUCAAAAUAAUGAUUCACUGUAUGGUGAAGGUUGCUCUUUCGCACUGAGUACUGAUAAGAGUCAUGAAGCACUGUCAUUGUAUAAGGAAGAGUUGCUUGGUCAAGGAGUGAAAGCUACACCACAACCUGAGUCAGAUAACACUAAAGAAAACUUACUAGAGUUAAAGUCAGCUAAAACAAAGGACCACGAAGAAACGAAAGUUUUUUGUAACCUUGCUAGUCAGUCAAAAAAGGUGGUGUUUAGUUGGGGGCCUAAAUCACGAAUAUCUCCCAUGAUUUCUUUAACGAAAAGAGUAAAAUUUUUUUGGAAGAGCAAACUAAAGAAUUUUGUUCGAGAUCUGUAUGGUAGCCAGACCCUUGAUAUAUUUUCACUAGAAACCCGAAUUUGGAAACGCAAAAAAGCUGGUCUUUGUAUGGUGGAAGGUAGAGAUGCAUACAGGACUGACACUAAUGUAGAUUGUAGAGAAAUGCAGAAAGAAAACAAUGAUUGUCAAAUCAUAAAACGAGGAAUUAACCAUAAAAACGUUAAAAGCAAAAGUAAUGUCUUGGAAACCAUGGGUAGGGAAGGUGAUGAAAUUAAUAUUUCUCUGAGAAAAGCAGCACAACACAAAUUUAUAAAGUCAACGAAAGAGGAAAAUAAAGAAAAAAGACCACUGCCUGCUUCAUUUGAUAAAUCGCAUAGAGUUUCCAGAAUCAGACCGGCUACAGGGAUACGCCCACCCAAAAGACGAACCUUAAAAUCAUUGUUUGAAAGUGAGAGCAGUUGUCUAGAAAAUUCAUCACCAGUAUCCAAAGGACAAAAACUAAAAUCGAAGAAAAGAAAAAGGAUAGAUGGUGCCCAGAGAAGUAGAGGAAGGAGAGUGAAAUAUAACCCAGUAAAAGACGUUAAACGGAGUACAAUCAAGAGCGACAGCCACUCAGAAAGUAGCGAUGACAGCAGCAGCUGUCAAGAAUUUUCUUCCAGUGAUUGUGACAUCUCCAAGAAAACUAAGAUUCAACGACCCAAGGUUGAAAAGCCAUUUGCUAAACAAAUAAAUUCUCAGAGUAGCCAGAAAAUUUCAGCUAAGCCAGUUUUGAAUGCAGUUGAAGAGGACACUGUUUACAGAAAACAAAGACCUACAAUGAAAAGUGUGUGUCAGUUAGCAUCUUCAGAUUCUGAAAGCUCAUCUUAUUCUAAUGACACUAUUAAAAAUUUAAAGAGGCAAAAUGUUUCAAACGUUGUGGCAAGUGACUCUGAUGAAUUAGAAUUAGCAACAUCUUGUGUGUCCCCUAUAAGGAGGGAAAAAUAUACUCUUAAAAAGAAAACCGAGUCAGAUAGAAUUACAAAUAAGAUGACUGAGAAUAAACUAAGUGAAAAUAUGGUGGAAGUAAACACACAGUCUAGAGAAUCAAGUAAUACUAAAUUAAAUAAUGAUACUAAAUUAAAGGCUGUAUCUUUCAGGAAUCAGCCAGGUUCUGUAAAUGGUUUAGAUAGUGCUCAUGAGCCUGAAGUGUCUGCAGUGGGUAGGGAAACAUGUAGUGACGAGGAAAUGCCAGCAAUUAAAAAUUUGUCAGGAAAGUACGAAAAAGAAUCUGAUAUUUUGCCAAAGGAAAGUGCAUUUCAAAUAGCAUCAAGGUUAAGAGCAGCUCACACGAAGAAUCAGGACAAGAAACGUGCAGCAAUACUGCUGGAAACAUCGCCAAGAGGCUUGCCAAAGCGACAAAGAAAAACGAGCCUUACCAGUUUGGGAAAUACACCUAUAAAGCACAAAGACAGUCGUGAAACAACUCCAGAAACACACAAGAGAGAGAAAUUAGCAACACCUCAGAAAAAUGGAGAUCAACGAGCAAUAUCCCAAGAUGAGGCAACGCCUGUUCAACCGUCAUGUGAAGCAGUAACAUCUGAAAAGUUAAGAGGCCAAAAAGAAACACCUGUGAAACACAAAGUUAAAUUGUUGCCAGAGUCUUGUUUCAGUAAUACUGAUGACAGUGAAGGGGAACUUCAGAUUGAUGGUUUGAAGGAUGAGGUUUUGGGUAAUAAUGAGAGUACACUGCAGGAAAAUGAGUCAAAGAAUAAUGCUCAGUACACAAACAGAUUAACCAAAAGAGAGGUUGCUGCUCCAAUUAAGGAUGAACCUGCAAAAGUAUCACACCCUGGUUUAGUGGGUUCCCUUGCAAGACUAGGAACUCUGGAUAGGCCUAGAGUUAAACCAAAGCCUAAACCAGCACCCGCCUCGUCACCCCCACAUGUUCCUGUACCAGCAUCUUCUGGCUUUGUUGACAGUCUUUUUUCAAAGAAGAGUGAAUGUCCCAAGUGGAAUAUUGUGAAUGAAAAUAUGGCCAAAGAUGUUAGAACAAAUUUUAGUGUUGCAACAUCAUCUUAUGCAAAUAAUGUAACACUUGCUGAAACAAAUCCUUCAGUAAGAAAAGUAAAUUAUAUAGAAAGAAACCUAGGAAGAAUAGAGAUGCUGAGCAGUCUGAUUCUAAAAUGUUACAUGAAUUUUAGUUUACCACAUGAAACAAGCAAACAAAAUAAUGAUAGAAAUUUUGUUCAGCCGCCAAGUCUCUAUGGUAGCCAUGAUGGCUUGCAGAGUCAACUGUCAAGCACAGUUGGCUGUCAGAAGCUCUUUCCUGACUCUUCUCAUUCUUCAGGCCCUAGUGAUUGCAGAGUCAAUGUGCAAUCAGCACCAGUGCUAUUGGGAACAUCACUUUCACACGAAACGUUAGAACCUAAUGGAAAUAAAUCACAAAUGCAAAAGCAGAGUUGUGUCCAGCCAACACCAGCACCAGUUCAGUUCAGCAAUGAGAAGAGAGGCCCUGGACUAAAUAGGCCAGGUGGGCACCAUGCAGCAACGAGGCAGAACCAAAAUUUACCUCUAGAUCAAGUCCAAAUUUCACUCAAGGAGCUGUGCAGUCUUGAAACUCCACCACAAGAGGAGCAAGAUGACAACUUUUUGGAAGCUCUUAAAGACUUACUUUCAUAUAAGAUCAAAUCCCGACUGUGGUGCACUUCUAUCGAUAAUCUGUGUGAUUCACUCACAACUGCUACACUUGUGCCUUUAAUAAGAAAUGUGAUUGAGUGCAUCCUUGAAGCUGAUCCUAAUGAGAUGAGGGAAAUGCAAGGAAGCCUCCCUCCUUCACUGUACAAGCUGUUUCAGGCGGUGUGUAUCGUGGAGGUACGGUUGAAGCUUCCACCACUCUCUCUUAUAAAACUGAGCUCAAGAACUGUGCACAACCUUGUCUGUAAACCAUCUCUGAACUUACGGCCACACAGCUUGGCAUGUUUAGCCCUGUGGUAUACAGCAGCGAUGUCAAUACCAGACGAGAGGGGAGUUCAGCAGUGGCAGCUGGGUCGUAGUUUCUUAAUAGACCUGCUCUUUCACCACCCUGGGCAAGUCCAUCUGGCUCUCCUCACUGCAGCUACCGCUAAUCGAAAAUUGUUUCAUCGUAUCAUCAGUUACAAAGCUGGCACUGGCAUAGAGAAAUUUGUGCUUUGGGUGGCCCACCAUGGAGUGUGGGUUGGCUGUGCUAGUGUCCGUCAGAAGCUCAUAAAGUGGCUUGCCAAGAGCUGCAGUGUGCGAAACCCACCACAGAACCCAACACAUUUUGCUGAGGAGCUGCUGACUCAGUUAACAGGUACUUGUGACAAGAAUUUGCUGAUGAACCUAGUAACAAGCAUUGUGGUGUUAGCACGAUGGUUGGGGACGGGUCAAACACAGGAACACUUGCUUCCUGCUGUAAGUAAUGUCACUGCCAAGCAUAAACAAAGUAAAUGUAAAUCUGCCGCUGAAGACACUUCAAAACCUAAAAUAUUAACUGAAGAACUCUUCGCAGAAAUUUCUCUACUAUUCAGUAAGUUUGUUUAUUCAUGUUGUUCAGCAUUCCAUUAUAAAUGGGGAUGUAAAGGGAGAGUAUAAUGUAUUGAAGCAUAAAAUGGUAAUAAAAAUAUUUUUGAGUGAACUAUUUGUCAAACUUAGUGAAAUGUAAAU